CAUGCUAUAUAGCGAGUCUCGUCAUCUCUCUCGCCAUGGCAUGAAGCACCAACGCCCUUGCAUUGGAGAUAGGUACGUACGUAGAUACCAAGCCUAGCUAUAGAUCAGGUAGCUAACGCACAGCGGAGAAGAUAGAUGCACGUCCUUGCAGCCCACCCAGCAGCAGCUCCCCCACUCGCGUUUCUUGCUGCUGCUGGCGGCGUGCUUGACCACCACCGGUACAGCACCAAGGAGCUGACACCACCGACGACGACGACCAUGGACAGCAACGCGCUGCGGCAGAUCGAGGAGGGGUUCCGCCUGGCCAGGGAGCUAAUGGAGGAGCUCCCGGCGGCCCAGAACGAGCCGGCGUACCUCGCCGACCGCUGCCACGGCAUUGCCCAGGCCUACGUCGCGGCCAUACGCAUGCUUCACCCGCCUGCUAAUCCUCCUACUCACUUCGGCGGCAGCAGCCAGCACGACCGCGUCAUCCCUCAGCUGGACCUCCUCCGCCCGUUCCUCAGCGCUCCUUCGGCGCCGUCGUCGUCGUCGACGGCGUUCCCGCAUAACCUCGGGCGCCACCAGCUGCUAGCUGCGGACCCGUCGUCGUUCGUCGUCAACGCCUCGCCAGUCGUCGCCGGCACGUCGUCGGGCGGGCCAGUGCGGCGGCAUGCCUCGUCGUCGUCGCGGUCUUCGCCGCCGGUCCAGCCGCGGCAGCAGCAGCACAGGAGGAGACACUCUCCAAAACACAACUUAAAACCUAACUUGCCGAUGAAAGAGACAGGGGUGCCAGUAACAGUGAAGUGA